ACUUCCCCAAUACUCGGUUUUUUCUUCCCCCUUUCUUCCUCUCGUCUCUAGAGCGCGUCUCUAGAGCGCCAACACCCCCAAAAACCCCAGCCCUCUGCCCUCUCUAUCUCUCGCCCUUUCAAUGCCCUAGAGCUCCCAAUCCAGAUCCUCUUCUUGCAUGGCUCCCACCGUCCCCUCCUCCAAUCCCUCCCCCAAAGAGCUCGUGGAGGUCGACGCGCCUCCGCACUCUGAUGGCCCUCCCAGGGUCUCCGAUUCCUCUGCGAUAGAGACGGACAAGGACGGGGAUUGCCUCAUGGAAGCUGGAGACAGCGCUGCUCCUACUCCCCCUGCCGCUGCGCCGGCCACUGUGUUUCGCAUCAGGCUCAAGCAACCCCCGUCGAAUCUCCGGCACAAGAUGAGCGUUCCUGAGCUCUGCCGCAAUUUCAGUGCUGUUGCUUGGUGUGGGAAACUGAACGUAAUUGCUUGUGCUUCUGAGACCUGCGCAAGGAUCCCAAGUUCCAAGGCAAAUCCUCCAUUUUGGAUCCCAAUUCAUGUGAUUAAUCCAGAGAGGCCAACAGAAUGUGCAGUGUUCAAUGUUAAAGCAGAUUCUCCACGUGAUUCUGUUCAGUACAUUGAAUGGUCUCCAAGGUCAUGUCCACGUGCCUUACUGAUUGCGAAUUUUCACGGGCGGAUCACCAUAUGGACUCAGCCUUCUCAUGGUCCUGUUAAUCUUGUUAGAGAUGCAAGUACCUGGGAAUGUGAACAUGAAUGGCGGCAAGAUCUUGCAGUUGUGACCAAAUGGAUAUAUGGAAUGUCUUCGUAUCGCUGGCUUCCUUCAAAUUCAGGCAGUGGUACUAACUUGAAGUCAACAUUUGAGGAUAAGUUUCUCUCACAGCAAUCUCAAACUUCAUCUAGAUGGCCGCGUUUCCUUUGUGUAUGCUCAGUUUUCUCCUCAGGUUCUGUUCAACUACACUGGGCAAGGUGGCCACCUACUCAAACAGGUGCUCCACCAAAAUGGUUUUCAACAAGCAAAGGGCUGCUGGGAGCUGGGCCUAGUGGGAUCAUGGCAGCUGAUGCCAUUAUUACUGAAGCGGGAGCUAUGCAUGUAGCUGGGGUCCCACUUGUUAAUCCAUCUACUGUUGUUGUUUGGGAGGUUACUCCUGGCCCGGGAAAUGGUUUUCAUGCUACUGCCAAGAUAAGUACCGGGUCUCCCGUCCCCCCAUCUUUGAACUCCCCAUCCUGGACUGGCUUUGCUCCUCUUGCAGCAUAUAUGUUUAGUUUACAGGAGUAUAUAAUUUCUGAAGAAAAACAAGGAAAAAAACAUUCUGAUCAAGAGCUUUCUGAGAUUGCGUCACUUCAUUGUUCACCAGUUUCAAACUUUUCUGCAUAUGUCAGUCCUGAGGCUGCUGCUCAAUCGGCUGCAACUACGACAUGGGGUUCUGGAGUUACUGCAGUUGCUUUUGAUCCAACUCGCGGUGGGUCUGUGAUUUCUGUGGUCAUAGUUGAAGGGCAGUACAUGUCUCCCUAUGAUCCUGAUGAGGGACCUUCAAUUACAGGAUGGAGAGUUCAAUGUUGGGAAUCUUCUCUUCAACCUGUUGUUCUGCAUCCCAUAUUUGGAAAUCCUGCUAGUUUUGGUGGGCAGCCACCAAUGCAGACAGUUUGGUUGACCAGAGUUAAUAAAAGUAUACCACCAACAGAUGAUCUUAGGGCUCCCCAAGCUGGCCCUGCAGCAUCCACCAUAUCUGAUGAAUGGAAUUCAUCAGACUGUAGUGCAGAGAAGGCAAAUCGGCUUAGUUUUGAUCCAUAUGAUUUGCCAAGUGAUGUUAGACAGCUUGCUCAAAUAGUUUAUUCUGCCCAUGGUGGUGAGGUUGCUGUUGCUUUUCUUCGUGGAGGAGUCCAUAUUUUCUCUGGUCCUAGCUUCAAUCCAGUAGAUAGCUAUCACAUUAAUGUUGGUUCAACUAUAGCAGCACCAGCAUUUUCAUCAACUAGCUGUUGUUUGGCAUCUGUUUGGCAUGAUACCAACAAGGACCGUACAAUAUUAAAGAUAAUUCGCGUUCUUCCCCCUGCUAUAGCUAGUGCUCAAGCAAAAGCCAACUCAGCGACAUGGGAACGUGCUAUUGCAGACAGGUUCUGGUGGAGUCUAUUGGCAGGAGUUGAUUGGUGGGAUGCUGUUGGUUGCACCCAAAGUGCUGCGGAGGAUGGUAUAGUGUCAUUGUAUAGUGUGAUAGCUGUAUUGGAUGCAGACUUCCAUGGCUUGCCAUCUAUUCAACAUCGACAACAACAUGGUCCUAGUUUGGAUAGGAUAAAAUGCAGGCUCCUGGAAGGUACAAAUGCUCAAGAUGUUCGGGCACUUGUCUUGGAUAUGCAAGCCCGAUUACUUCUGGAUAUGCUGGGCAAAGGGAUUGAGUCAGCCCUUGUCAAUCCUGCAACACUUUUACCCGAUCCUUGGCAGCCUUCUAAUGAGACAUUACCUGGGAUUGAUGCUGACAAAAUGAUAGUUGAACAAGCUUUGGUUCAAAGCAUUCAGGCGUAUGUUGAUGCGGUCCUUGAUCUUGCGUCACAUUUCAUUACACGGUUGAGGCGAUAUGCAAGCUUUUGCCGCACGCUGGCUAGUCAUGCUGUUGGAGCAUCUUCUGGCACAAAUGCUGCUAGAAAUAUGGUUGCAAGCCCAACCCAUAGUUCUGCCUCUCCAUCCGUCAAUCAAGGUGCCCAAAAUGGGGGCUCUUCUACAACUGGGAACUCUCAGAUGCAAGCAUGGGUGCAAGGUGCUAUUGCUAAGAUCAGCGGUAAUACUGAAGGAGGUUCCUCUGCUUCACAAAAUCCUGUCAGUGGGCCAUCUUCCUUUAUGCCAAUUAGCAUAAACACUGGAACCUUUCCUGGUACACCUGCUGUCAGGCUCAUUGGAGAUUGCCAUUUUCUUCAUAGAUUAUGCCAACUGUUGUUAUUUUGUCUAAUUUUCCGGAGAAGACAAUCUCUUCGCCUUAUUGGAAAUGCUACAAAGAAUCCAGAUCCUAACAUGCAAAAAGCACAGCCAAUCGGUAACUGCAAAGUUGAGGACAACAAUUCUGGAGUGAGACCUACUGCAGGCCCUACUAAACUUGAAGAAGGCCAAGCUGUUCGACCUGGCCAGUUGAUUCUUGGUUCAAAAGGGCUUGAAGAAGGAACCACUGGCAAGUCCUCAAGAUUAGGUUGUGGUAAUGCUGGUCAAGGAUACACAUAUGAGGAGGUCAGAGUCCUCUUUCUUAUAUUGGUAGAUCUUUGUCGUAGAACAUCUGCUUUACAACAUCCAUUGCCUACUUCCCAAGUUGGGUUGCAGAAUAUAAUUAUACGCCUGCAUUAUAUUGAUGGGAAUUACACUGUGCUGCCUGAGGUUGUUGAAGCGUCUCUUGGUCCACAUAUGCAGAAUAUGCCUAGACCGAGGGGUGCUGAUGCUGCUGGGUUGUUACUCCGUGAAUUAGAACUUCAUCCUCCGGCUGAAGAGUGGCACAGGCGCAAUAUGUUUGGUGGACCAUGGUCAGAUCCAGAUGAUCUGGGUCCAUUGGAGAAUGUUCAUAAAUCUGGCUCUUCCGAUUCUUCUCUAUCAACAUUAGCAGAAGGUUUCAAUGACCACUAUACCCAAGGCCUUUGGCCAAAAAAACGCAGGUUGUCUGAGAGAGACGCUGCUUUUGGCUUGAAAACUUCUGUUGGACUUGGAUCUUACCUUGGUAUUAUGGGAUCUCGGAGAGAUGUUGUCACAGCCUUGUGGAAAACAGGUCUUGAAGGCACAUGGUAUAAGUGUAUAAGAUGCUUACGUCAGACAUGCGCAUUUACCCAGCCUGGUGCUCCAAAUCCUACAAACGAGCGAGAAGCAUGGUGGAUCAGCCGAUGGGCCCAUGGCUGCCCAAUGUGCGGAGGAACAUGGGUUCGAGUUGUUUAGUCGUUGCAACCCAAUGCCUCCUAUACAUAACCUGCUGUUUUUUUUUAUUUAUUUCUGCAUCAUACAUACUCUACAAAUUUUCGUCUGUAACUUUUCCAUGGGGAAAUUUUGUUCUCGUACUAACACUGGUCUAUUGUACAUAGGCAUGUUUCAGUAGCUUAGAGCUCUUAUUGAAAACCGAAAUGUUUGAUUAUAUGACCACCUUAGGGAGGAGCUCUGUUACAUCAAUACUGUGACUGUUAUGUUUUACACAAUUUAAAAGGUCCAGGAGCUGCAUCCCUUUCUUAAA